CCCAGGUACAUAAAGUUAUUAGUCGUCUUGAAAACCUCAGACUAUACUGAUCAGUGCUUACAACCUCAACACUUAUUUGUAAAUUAGUCCCCGUAUAGUGAGAAGUUACAAACCCCCUCAAAAGAAAACAAUUUUUUUCCAAUUUUUAUACACAAAAGUUAUUAAUUUUUUUUUAAAAUAAAAUUUACAACAAAUUUUACAAAAAAAAGAGUAUUGGUUAUUACUCUUAUUACAGUCAAAUAGUUCAUUUAAAUAAGUCAAUUACCAUUGACAGAAUAAAAUUUGACCGAAGAAAAAAAUUCGGUUUUUAGUUCAUAUUUAUUUAUUUAUUUAUUUAAGAAUUUAAUUUAAAUGAAUUUAUUUUCUUUUAAUUAUGAAAAGUGAUAAUUGAAUUUUUACAUAUUGUAUAUUUGUGAUUUGCCGGUGUUUCAAUUCGAAAAAAUAAAAAUGUCAUUAGAAAUUGAAGAAUUUCUAUCAGGACCUUUAGUCACUUGGUUUGUAAGUUGUCUGAGAGAUGCAAAUUUGUUGGUCUCAUAUGAUGAUCUCGUCGAUGGAGUUUUGCUUCAUGAUGUCUUUACUCAAAUAUGUCCUGAACCUUUUCAUAAUGAAAUCACAAAAGCCAAUGAAGAAUGGUUAUUGAGAUUAAAAAAUUUGGAAAAUAUUAUGGAAAAUAUUCAACAAUUUUAUCAAGAAACAUUGGGUCAAAUUAUAGUUAAAUUACCAAAUCUUGUUGGUUUGGCAAAAAAACCAGAAUUACACGUUGAAGAUAUGAAACAUUUAAUUCUUUUAAUUUUGGGUUGCGCUAUUCAAUGUCAAAUGAAAGAAACAUUUAUUUUGAAAAUUAAAAAUCUUGAUUUAGCAAUUCAAGAACAAAUUGUCCAUCUUAUUAAAUUGGUGACUGAGGAUCAGAGAAUUGUGAUUAAUGAAGAAUUAUUGUUGAAUAUUAAUGCAAAUGAUUUAUUUCCCCAAAUGAAAAAUUUGAUUGAAGAAAGAAAUUUAUAUCGCGAGAAAUUGAAGAAAUUUGAAUUAAAAGAAUUUGAUGUACACAAUAAUUCAAUGAUUCUAUCGAAAAGUGAUUAUUUUAGUAAGUCUGCAUUAAAUUCCACCGGUUAUUUUGAAAAUGAAGAAGAUCAAUCGUGUAAUGAAGUUGCCAAUUUAAAAUCUAAAGUGAGAAAAUUAAGGAACGAAUUAGAGGAAAAAUGUGAAUAUUUAAUGGAAUGUAAAGGAGAAGUUGAACACAAUACAAUUCUUAUUGCAGAACUUUAUGAAGAGAAUGAAAAAUUGAUGCUGGAAGCUCGAACUGCCAAAUCUUAUCGAGAUGAAUUGGAUGCUGCCAUUGAGAAAGCCGAGAAAGUUGAUCGUCUCGAAAUGGAAGUUACUCGUUAUCGGGAAAAAAUGAAUGAUAUUGAAUUUUAUAAAACCACCAUCGAAGAAAUUCGCGAAGACAAUAAAGUUUUAUUGGAGACGAAAGAGACUUUAGAAGAUGAAUUGAAAUAUCAGCGAAAACUGAAUGAGAAAAUUCCAAAACUUGAAACAGAAAUUGCAGAUUGUAAACAACAAGUUGAAAAAAUAACUACGGAGCGCACAGCUGAUAGAGAAAAAUAUCAACAGCUUCAAGAGGAAAAUAUUCAACUUCAAUAUUUAGUGAAAUCUAUGAAAGAUACAUCGAUUAUGGAAUCGGUUUAUGAUUCCGAUGAGCCUGGCAUUGCAAAUAAAUCAUUAUCAGAUCAGUUGACAAGCAGUGCACAGAAACAAGCACGAAAACUUGAAUUAGAAAAUCGACGUCUCUCGUCAAUUGUUAAAUCAAUGAAUGAGGAAAAAUCAUUUCAAAAAAGUCCUCAAAAAGGUGUUGUUGAUAUUGAAAAAGAGAAAAAGAACAUUGAAACAAAAUAUGCAUCAUUGAGUAAAAAAUAUGAGCGAUUAGUUCAUCAAAAUUCACAUUUGGAGCACAAUUAUAAAUUAGUGAAACAAGAAAAUAAACAACUUCAUAUUUCAUUAAAAAAACAACAAGAGGAACUUGAUGAUCAAAUUACAUUGGAAUUUCAACACGAUCAGCUCAGUAAAGAUUAUGUUAAUCGUUUACAUGAGAGGGAAAUUUUGAAAAAUAAUCUUAAAGAUGUUAAUAAUGAAUUAAAUUUACUUAAAGAAUCACACGAGAGUCUUAAAUUGGAUUACAGUAAUUUACAAAGUAAUCGAGAAAAUUUAGAUACGGAAUUAAGAAAUUACAAGAAUCUCAAGAAAGAACAUGCUAAAUUAAAGGAGGAUUUCAGAAAUAUGUUCGUAAAUUCAAAACUAUUAAUGGUUCAGCAAAAAUCAAUGGAGGAGAAAAAUGUUGGUGAAUUAAAUAAAUUAAAAAUUAAAGUAACUGAUAUGCAGGAUGAAUUAUCAACCAAAGAACAAAGAUGUUUGAGUUUGGAAUUUAAGAUAAACAAUAUAAAUCAACGUUGUGAGGAACUAAUGGAAAUGAAUGAUCAAUUAAAAAAUGAUCGACAGAAACUUAUGAAUUAUACACACGAUCUUACUCUUCAAAAUAAAGACUUUUUAGAGCAAACUUUAGAGGAAAAGGAUAAUUUUUAUCAGGAAAAAAAGAAUUUCAUAAAUACAAUAAAUCAGAUGAAUUGUCACGUGAGAAAAUUGGAAGAUAAAAUAAUGGAAUAUUACAAAAAUGCUCCCCCUUCGACAUGUAAUAAUAAUAACAAUAAUAAUAAUAAUAAAGGAAAAAGCAGCAAAACAAACUUUGUAUCAAAAAUGAUGAAAGCCAGUUCUGAUUUGUUUAACAGGAGUCGACGAAAUUCUAACACCUGGGAGGAUAAUAUUAAAGAAUCAGAUAACAAAGUAACAAAUGAAAUGAAAAAUCGUACAAUGACACUCGAUCCACGAUUACUAAGAGGCAAACGAGGACCUCGCGAUUAUUUUUCCCUGGGAAGUUUUGGAAGUCUAGGUAGACGCAAAUGCUCUACUUUUUAUGAAGAUACUGAAAUUUCUGGAUCGCCUUCAGAUUCUGAUUUUAAAAUUCCAUCAUCUGAAGAUGAACAGCAAAUAGAACCAGCAAUUCAAAAAAUAAAACAAUUCAAUAAUCGAGCAUUUGAUAUAAUAAAUGAAUCAGAAGAUGGAAAUUCAAAUGAAGAUGAAAAUCAAAAGGAAAUUAUUGAUAAUAAACCAAAGUAUCCAAAGAGAUCAGAAAGUAAAAAUUCACUUUGGCUUGAAUAUGGUUGUGCUUAAUUAAUUAAUAAGGAGUUUUUUUUUUAUUCUCUCGAAUGGCAAUAUAGAUUUUUUUUUAAUGAACUUGGAUUUGGUUUAUCUAAGUAAUUCAGUAUUAAUAUUAUAUUAUUUUAUUUACAUUUAAUUACUGAUGUUUCGUGUUAAAUUUAUUAAUAAUUAAUAAUUUAUUUCUAUUUAUAAUUUAAAUCCAAAAAAAUGUGAAAUUAUUUUUAGAGUCGGAAGAGAAUUUUUUUUAUACAACGUUCUAUUUUAUCGACGAUAAUUAUUAACUUCAGUGUAUGUCUUCAUUUUGAGAGGUCUCUGUUGUCACCUUUUCACGAUAAACGUCAGGUCAGUUAUAAUUUUUCAUAAAAAAAAAAUUUAUUUUUUAAAAGCUAUUUAAUUUUAAGGAUAUACAAUGUUUUAUUAUGUGAUUGUAAAAUUUAAUUAAAAAAUAUACAUAUUUUUCAAAUAAUAA